CCAGGACAGCCCAUCAGUGACCACGGGCCCUCGGAGGGCCCACGGAAUUGCUGUGAUAAGUACAACCAGCAUUGAUGGGCGAUGAUUCUGUUUGCAACCUAUGACUCGAUGGAACUGUAGAUGGUCGAGAUUCGCCACCCGCCACCCCGUUUGUCUCUCUCUCCCUCUCGCUCUCUCUUCACCGAGCUCCCCAAAGGCCUAGUUCUUCGUUCUCCGGGCCCAUCUUUCCAUCGGCCACUCUUUGGAAGCAGUUUAGUUCGUUCCUGGCCGAAGUCUACUCUACGCUUUACUCCAACUGUAGGUGCUCUACGGACCGCUUACCUAUGUGCGUGUGGCCAUCGAAAGAGCCUGCCUGCAAAUGACAUUGCAUCCAUCUCUCCUCUCUGGCCUGGCGCUGUGCGAAAGCAGAUGGUUUGUUCGACGCUUCUCUCGUUGACACGUCGACAGGCAGAAUCGCGUGUGGAGACCUCCGUUUACCGCUCGCUCGCCAUACAUGCAUGCACGCCAUGCAGCUCCAGCCGCCUGUACAUACAUGCGGCGGCGGUGGUGGUGGUGAUGCAGCUGGCAGCGAGCUACUCUAGGGGCGAGGUCAACUCUGCAGCCCUCUUUUUCCACCGUAACGCGACAUCAUCUUGCGCCGAGCCUUUCUGCUAUCAGAACAGCGAAAAAAUCAAUCGCGCGAAACAACUGCACGCCCAAUGCCCGAGAAACGAAAUGUUCGUCUCAAUUCCUUUGCUAGUGGUGGGGGUGCGAGGGUUGAGACGAGACCGCGCAGCCAAACGUCAACGAGGACUGUGGCCCUGGCCUGGCAACCGAGCCACUGAGGGAGACGACUGGCCCGACGGCCAACCAAACCCCUCCACCGACGUGGAGCUGCUUAGGCCGGUAGUUCUCCAGUACCCCACCACCACCACGCCCGCGACCACCGCGACCACCGCAGCCAUUGCAAUCACCUCGACCGCCCUGUCCUCUUUUUUAUGGCCUCAGCGAUAUGCGUGCGAAGAAGGCUUAUUGAUUUUUCUUUGCACGUGGUCCCAUUCCCAGCUCGCAACGCUAUUGGACGAUCACGCAUGCAGGGUCCAAACUAACAACUGUAAGCCUCCCCACGCCGUGUACACGUCGUUCCUGGACAUAAGCCUUUUUCGUCGACAGGAACGAGGUCCAGAUCUGCCACCAGUCGUAGCCCGCGGUUCCUGCUUUGUUUCGAUCCCCCGGGAAAUUCCACGCGGUGGGGCCGCGGGGAGACACGCAUAUUGCAGCAUAUGUGCGGCCCAGAGCGGACCAGCCUGAGACCAGCUCAUCACAGCGAACAUUCGCUGGAGAUUCGCUGGAGGAUGGCCAGCGCUGACUCGCCCAUGACGCUUGCCACCCUUUUUUUCUUUCUUCUUCUCGCCGGCUUGAGCCUGCUCCUUCUGGCGCAGCUGGUUGCUGUCAACGCUCUCGCCGGUCCGCUGGGAGGUGGUGCG